AUGAUCACCAUAACUGAUCCAAGCUACGGUGCUUGUAGUUACGACUACAAUCUAGAUAAUACCUCCAAAUUCUCAAAUUGCAAUUCCAACCUUCUGAUUCAAGUACUCUUAACAGUUGUAGUGGUUUUGAAGCUGCAAUGGUUUUGGAGUGAUGUGUUCUUCUUGUUCUAUGAACUCUGA